AUGCCUCUCAGACCAUCCACCAUCUACACCAUGGAAGACUAUCAUGAUCACCAGGCCGCCCAAUUCAAGAAAUGGGCAGACCUGAUCAAGGACGACCCACGCCGAGUCUGCCGUGCAUUGGCCCUGUAUACACCGCGGGGUGAAACUCUCGAGGGCGACUCGCACGACGACGUCCCGAUCCUCUUCCAGCAGCUUAAGGAGGCUUCAAAUGAGUCGACGAGCAAGUCCUGGAAGGGCCUUGUCGACGCUGGAGUGAUUACAGCGCUAUGCAAGUGCGCGAUCAACACACAAGCCACCCUUACACUGGCAUACGCGACCGUGAAUGAUGAGGGCGUCGCCGAAAUCUCGCAGGAGUGCAUGGAUUUGGCGCAAGAAAAUGCUCCUGCUCCCUAUAGCCCUGCGUUGGAAGUGCUCUGUAACGCCGCCAUGUCCUGUGCCCGCCCCGCGACCUCGACAGAGCAGAAAAUGGUCGCGGAGAUGAAGCAAUAUUGGUCUUCCAUUAUGCAGCGGCUCUGGUCCGAGCCGUCUAGGACACUGGAUCACAGCGGCAACGCGAAAGCCCGAGAGAGGGAACGUGUCGCCCCUGCGCAGAUCGUCCACCGUCUUUCCUCCCUCGACCCGACAUUCCUUGACAUCAUCUUGAAGCCGUCCGAUCUGACUCUUGCCGUAUGCUUCCGCUACUGGCUGUACUCCACCUCCGAGUGGGACGACAUCAUCAACUGCACCCUCAUCACGCCGCUCUUGGACGGAGUCGGCCCAGACCACUGGAAUCGCUACUUCGCGGAGCACCCGCGGCCUGACAUGCACGCGCUUUUGCCCCGCAUACUCCUUGGCGCGUCCCGCGGCACAGGCAAGAAGAAACGCACCCCCAAUCAAUCCGCAGAGUUCAUCGUCGACGUAUUCGCGAAGCACUUCCGGCAGCUCGGCCCCAGGGAGCUACUCGAGGAGAUCAUAUUCUUCAACGGGCUGCUCAAUGCUACCGAGAAAGAGUUCCUGCCCUUCUGGCGAGCCCUGUACCGGUCGGAGCCCUUUUGGACCGCGAUGGCUCAGAACGUCACCCGAUAUGCGCCGCUGGGGCCGAAUGCGCCUAAAACUGGGCAUAUUCCUGAGGGGUUGACGAUGGUAUCGCUCAAAGUGUACUUCAACGUACUGCACGGUGACAGUAGGGAUGCGCUUAACUACAUCGACGAGUUGUUGUGUAGCUGGUUCGCGGGCGGCCUCUUCGACGCGCUGGAGUCGGCGAUCACCACCAUCGUCCGAAGCAUCCGAGGACCGAUGUUCCUCUCCGUAUUGAUCCAGUUUCUGGAUAACAACCUGCACAACUUCAACCCGAAGACGCGAGAAAAGCUGCGCGCAGAGCUCCCCCGCCCGCGCCUCAUGAUCAUGCUCAUCAUGCUCUCCACGAAGGGCAGCCAGAACGUGGACGACCUGCUCGCGUCAGUCGCGGCGGACGAGAGCGUCGCGGUCCCACGGCAGGACCCGCGGCAUCCGCAGUGGGCGGUCGACGCGUGGCGGCUGCUGUUGCGGCUCACGAACACGCUGCGGCCGUUCCGGGGGACGUGUACGCGGCGCGGAUGCGACGAGCCUGCGUACAAGGGCGGAUGCGGGAAGUGCAAGCUCUCGGCGUAUUGCGGGCAGGAGUGCAUAAGACUCGACAAAGACCACAAGUUCAUCUGCCGGUGGGUGCCGACGCUGAUCAUCGUGGAAAUGCUACAGAAGCGGGACCCGGAGGAGGUUGCGAAACUGCUCGGGGACGGGGUCGCGCCGCCGCCGCCCGCAGACCUGCCGUCGCGGGAAGAGCUGCUGAGGCGGGUACGGGAGGAGGGGUCUAUGACCGAGGAGGAGAUUCAGAUGGUGCUGAGCUUGCGAGACGUAAAGGACGAGGCUCAGGCUGCGAAGGCGGACGAUCCACCGCCGGGCGAAGCAACGCUGCAGAAGAAGAUGCAAGAGAUGCUACUGGAGGACUCUAGUAGUAGUAGCAGUGCUUGAAAGCAGUACUGAUACUCCGUCUUGCGCCUAUCUUGUAUAUCUCUAAUGUACGAAC